AUGUUUGCGUGCGAGCGAUCUGGCGUCCAGCUGUGCCCCGAGGCCCAGCUUGGAGACGGCGGGUCUCCGGGUCCCCGCAGGCAACGACACGUGCGGCCGCUUCGACCUGUCUCGUUAUCUAACGAGACCGCCAGCCGACCUCGGCGGCCGAUGCGCGGCCCACCCCGACCACAGAGGUUCGCAAGAAACGCCCGGGGCUCGGGAAUUCCUACCUUGGCUGCCGGCGCUCCCCUCCGGUCCCCGGAAUCCUGCCACUCCGGUUCGAUCUGUCGCCGGGGCUCCGCGGUCGCUUUCGUCUGCGCCCGAGAGGCGCCCACUAGAGCGCAGGCGCCACCUAGUGGGCGCGGGGCGGAGGCGCGGGGACCGGGCGGGGAGGUGGGAGAGCGGUCGGUCCCGGGCGGAAAUGCUGCCCGGGCUGCCCACGUGGGCGGUUUUCCAGCACGCUGCGCACCCUGGGCGCUAAUCCCGGCUGGCCGCACAGACCCUACUCACCUCGGGACCUCCCAGGGCACUCGCCCUCUGCGUCCGACUGAGAUGGGGUGCCACUCCAGCAAGAGCACCGAGGUGGCGGGGGAGUCCCAGAAACCCGCAGAGCAGCCCGAGGGAGAGGAGCCAAAUCUGGGGGCUGGCCCAGAGGCCGCGGACGGCAGAGACACCUCCUUGAAGGACGGCGCCCCGGAGCAGAAGAACUGA